GUAAUCUUUUUGGUAUCCCAACAGGUCAGAGGUCGGGCGCAUGCGCAAAUCUUUUGUGCGUCUCUAGCUAACUAGCUGAUUCAUUUCGCAAAAACCAUCACACUGUUUGAUUUUCCUUCUACACGAUGGCUGCAAGAUAUGAUAGAGCUAUUACUGUCUUUUCUCCAGACGGCCAUCUCUUUCAAGUAGAGUAUGCACAAGAAGCUGUAAAGAAAGGUUCCACUGCGGUGGGAAUCAGAGGCAAAGAUAUUGUUGUCCUUGGCGUGGAAAAGAAAUCUGUAGCGAAGUUGCAGGACGAAAGAACUGUCCGCAAAAUCUGUGCACUGGAUGAACACGUCUGUAUGGCGUUUGCAGGUCUGACAGCAGAUGCACGUAUCGUGAUAAACAGAGCUCGAGUUGAAUGUCAGAGUCACAGGCUAACAGUUGAAGAUCCAGUCACAGUGGAAUAUAUCACACGAUACAUUGCCACACUGAAACAGCGCUACACCCAAAGCAACGGCCGCAGACCGUUUGGAAUCUCUGCGUUAAUUGUUGGCUUUGAUUAUGAUGGCACCCCCAGGCUGUAUCAGACGGACCCAUCAGGAACCUACCACGCCUGGAAGGCAAAUGCGAUUGGCCGCAGCGCAAAAACUGUGAGAGAAUUUCUGGAGAAGAAUUACACAGACGAAGCCAUAGCUGGAGAUAAUGAGGCAAUCAAGUUGGCCAUCAAAGCUUUGCUUGAGGUCGUCCAGUCAGGAGGAAAGAAUAUUGAGCUUGCCGUCAUCCGGCGAAAUCAACCACUAAAGAUUUUGGAGUCAAAGGAAAUCGAGACACUGGUGGCUGAAAUCGAGAAAGAAAAGGAGGAAGAGGCAGAGAAGAAGAAGCAGAAAAAAUCCACUUGAAACGCUUUGGUCCUUUUUGCCACUUGGAUGGAAAAGCAUAUUUGGGUUUCAAAUGUCAGGUUUAUUCCUAAAUGUCACUGUAAAAGCCUGAAUCAUAACUUGCUGCAGUGUUUUCAUAGAUUUUUGGGUCAUGCUUUAGCAGCUACAAGAAAAGCCAAUAAACAGAUCACAGUUUGCUUGGAUCUCAAGUUAAGAUGUAGGUCUCUUCAACUCAAAUCAUCAAUACAAGUGGACUUGUUUGUAUCUUAUCUGCAAAAUUCAUUUCUUAAAUAAAUUUACAAAGUGA